CUCUCCGUUCGCAUCACAACAAUUCGCAGGAAGAGGUGCCGAUGAUAUAAAUAAUGAACUUACACAGAUGAUGUCUCGUGUUUUAAAUGGUCCUCAAGGUGGCUUAAACCUUGAAAAAUUGUGCAUUAUUCCAGGAAAAGCUUGUUGGAUUGUCUACAUUGACGCUUUGGAUCUUCAGGUUAGUCGAGGAUUAUUACCCGGCAUCUUGUUAAUAACCAAUCAACUAUCAACUGUUAGUCGAUCAUUGACGACGUCAGGCUUAACUGUGACCUAUUCCGAUGGAAAAAAAUCAACACACCCCACGAAUCUCUCGCCGGUACCCGACGAAAAGGGUAAUAUAUUUUACUAUCGACCAGUCGCCAAAAAUGAACCAAAAGCCAAUUUGUAUGUUACAAAACUCGGUCAAGAACUGUGUAAAGAAUUGAAACAACAGAAUGUAAAAGUUUUUAGGG